UGCCCAAGGCCACCCAGUGGGUUGUCAUGGCCGUGUCAAAUUCGAACCCUGCUCUCCAGAGUCCUAGUCCAAUGUUCACACCUCUAUGCCACACUGUCUGGUUUGUGUUGUUGUCCUCGUUGUGUGCUUUGGGUCAUUCCUAACUAAUGGAGAUGCUAAGGCUUAGGGCCCUAUGGGGCUUUCUUGGCAAGAUUGGUUCAGAGGAGGUUUGCCAUGGCCUUCCUCUGAGGCUGAGAGAGUGUGACUUGCACAAGGUCACCCAGUGGGUUUCAUGAAUUGUAUGCAUACCUAGAAUUAAGUCUCCUUGUGUUCAACAAGAUACUCCCAGGCAAUAAGAACUGAACCUAUAAUGGAGGAGGGCAGCAGCACACCUUCAGAUUCCUCAAUGCAGUCAAGCCAGAAGCACUGAGUUCCUCCCACCUCUCCCUCUGUUUUCAAAUAUAGUCACAUAUUUCCUUCAGGCACUCCCUCAGUACUAAGGUUACUGUUGAUGGCAGCACAUUGCAUCAGUUGCAGGGGAUUGCUCUGUUUACUAAACUCAUUGCAUCAGGUCAGGCCGGGGUGACUUGAGUACAGGAUGUGCCCUGCCCGGCUCAUAUAGGUGUUAAGCGAAGAAGAAAAACAAGACCUUAGCUCCUCCUGCACAUCGCCUGGGAAAACAGAGUAGUACGCAAGGGGAGCUCAACUCACUGGAAGAAGUAAGCUGGGAGCAUGAGUUUUCUUAGACCUGAGCCCACUUCCUCAGAUGCUGGGUCAAAACGAACAAAAUGAAUUUCAACGGGGAGAAAUGCAAGAGAGAGAGAGAGAGAGAAUCUCCCUCUCUCGCGCCAUCUAGCGCCUCGCUGAGGGAUCGCCGUUUCUUUUCCCGGAUCAAAGAUGGCGCCGGGAGACUCCGGAAGUGACGUCGCCUCCCGGCCGAUCCCAUGAUGCUCUGCGAAGGCGGCCAUUCAAACCGCGUCGCCCGAGGAGCCCAAAAUGGCGUCGUCGAAAGAGACAGCGCAAGACGCAGCCGGCCUCAGCGGCGUCGCCGUUCCUGCCCCGGAGCCCGAGGUGGCCGUGACGGUGGGCCCCGCGCCUCCGGCUCCCGGCGCCUUGUCGGUCUCGGUGGUCUUCCCCGGCUCGGUGACCCAGGAGGGCUGCUUCCGCUUCACCUGCGAGCUCCUCAAGCACGUCCUCUACCAGAGGCAGCAGCUGCCCCUGCCCUACGAACAGCUGGCCUUCUUCUGCGGGAGGCAGGCCCCCAGGCCUCGGGGGCAAGAGGAGGAAGAAGUGGUCAGAAAAGUCCACCUAAAAGAUCAAGACAGCUACAAAAAGUGCCAGCAAGCCCUGAGUGAUCUUGAAGGAGUGUUCCAGCACUUGGAAAUCAUGUUCUCUUUGACACUGGUCCCCCGGGUUCUUAUUCUGCUUGGGGGUACUUCUGUCAGCCCCAAAGAACUCUAUGAGAUCAACCUGCAAGAGGUAUCUGUAAGUGGUGCUGAGGAGAGCCUGCAGACGGCUGCCUGUGUUCGCAAGCUUUUCCAUUCACUGUUCCUGGCAGAUGUGUUCAGUGAGCUCCAGACUGGUCCUACCAUGGGUAUCAUUGUUAUGGUUCAAGGGCACCGCAAUUGUGGUAUUGACUGGUUCAGACCCAAACUAAAUUACAAAGUGCCUACUCGAGGGAGGAAGCUGACUGUCAACUUAUGCAGCCAUAGCAAAAGUACAGCUCUUUCUGCCUAUCAGGAAAUUAACUCGACUUGGGAAGAUUAUAUAUGGUUUCAAGCUCCAGUGACGGUCAAAGGCUUCCGCUACUUUUCUUCAUAAAAAAUUCAAAGGGACAUUGCUAAUUUGUUAUCAUCUUUUUGAUCCACUGUAAUCAAACUUUCCUUAAUUCAGACUCUUUAACAGCUGUGUUCCAGCUUCAUUGCAGCCUUCAGAGUUACUCUUCGAAGAAUGAUAGUCAGAAGCAGGUCUAUUUAUGCCCAUAGAAAAUUGCUUUUGGACAACUGAUUCAAAGGGCCAAAACAUUGCCUUAAUGAUUCACUAACUAUCUGGUACUGUGGAUUUUAUUACCAAACUAUACUUGAUGUAACAAGCACUAAUUUCAUUAUAAAAUAUUACAUUUCCAGUGAAGUGUGUUCAUUGGUAGAUAAAUGAAAUGUUGACAAAUAUUCAGUUGUUAAAGAGGAUGGUGAAGCUUAUUUUAUUUGCAGGUCUUUAUUGAUGAUGGUCUAUGGAUCUGUUAUAAGGGACAUGGCUGUAGUCCAGAACUGCAAAAUGCCCAUCCAUGAAUGGAUUACAGUGUCUAAAACCGACGUCUUCCUAAGCACAAUUAUUGCAAUGAUGAUUUACAGGUGCUGCCUGUGAGAAAAAACUCCUUUGAGUAGUGUCAUAAGAGGUGACAAAGUGGAGCCCUUCGCUACAUUGAUAACUAUGAGUAAAAUUAUUGCAAGCAUUUGCCUUUGCCUGACUAUAGAGAUAUUAACAACUGGAAAAGUUCAGUGGGGGGAAUUGGAGGGGAGGGCGAGAGAAAAGGGUGCUUUGAGAGACUUGCUCAUUCUUCGAGGGACUUUAUGGCUUUAUUGUCCAGUUAAGGGCGAUUUCAGUUAAUUGUGGGAAAUGGGCUUUCCAUACUACUUUUUUUAUUAGAAAUUAAUUUAAGUCAGGGGGUGAAUUAAAGGUAGAUGAAUGGCCGGUGAUCUAAAAUCUUGCUUUAGGGAAAGGAGGACAUUUUUUAGCUUAAAAGCCAAAGACCUAUGGGACACAAAGCAAACUUUGCUAUACGCUGGUUUACAAAUAGUUCUGGGGCAUAUGCCAUUUGAACAAUACGGGCCACUACUGUCUUUGGAAUUAUUCUGUCAAAACUGGCAAAUUCCAGAAGAGAGGCUCUAAUCUUGUACCGUUUUAAAUACUACUUGACUUGAUGGCAUUUUGUAUUGUACUCUAAAUGCCUAGGUGAGGCUAAAUAAACAUGCUUGUUCUAGAAUAUAAAAGCACAGAAGAUAUUGCAUCAGCCAUGUGAACACAAGUUAUGGUCUUGGGAGAUAUUGAAUUAAUGUACAGUAUUCUAGUGUCCUUGUUCAAGGGGGGAAAUAUCUGAUUAUCUACAUAAAGUUGUUCUCUUAAGUGGUGCCCAGCCCUUUCACUGUGCUCCCAAUUCAUGUAACCUUUAAAAAAAACAAACUGGUGUACAAAUUUACAUACAGUUUGCUAUCUUUGUUUACUUUCUAGAACUUUGUAUAAAAUGGUGCUAUGUAAGAUCUGUGUUUUUGUACAUGUACUGCUCCAAUGGAAUAUUAAUGGUCAUUGCCCUUUUACAGGUCUGUAAAAUGAAGUAAAUUACAAUAAGAAUUACCAUCUUCUUACAAGAAAAGAACUGAUUUAAUGUAUAUAGUGCUAUCUCUUAAAAAAUUAAAUAAAAUCUUAUAUGCU